AAUCGAGAUGUGUGGGGUUUGAACUCUAAACCUUACAUAUAUAAGACAAUGUCCUUAACAACAAAGAUAAGUUGACAUGAAUUUUUCGUUCAUGGUUUUAAUAAUUAUUAUAGUUAUAAUUUGCAGUUCACAUAUAAAAUAGUGUCAUGUUUCACUAUGUGACUAUGAGGUGUGAAGACACCUCAAUGAUCCAUAUAUAUAGAUAUGGAUACAUGCUACAAUUUUAACUAUCUUAUUCCUUAAAAAAAAUAAAAAUACACUCUCUCAAAAAGUUUAUAGUUUUUCAUGCAGAUGAGAAAAAUUCAAUUCGAGGAUAGGAAGUGGACAUGAGCUUGCAAGGAAUUUUCAUUUCAACCAAAGUGAUCCAUGUAAUUAAUGACCUAAAGGCGGUGUUUUAGUUUUUUGAUCUUUGAAUCAAAAUAAUGGCACUAGCUCCUAUUCCAAAAGUUGUUCUAGGUUCAAUUGCCUUUGCAAUUUUCUGGAUAUUAGCAGUUUUUCCAGCAGUUCCUUUUCUACCAAUUGGUAGAACAGCAGGAUCCCUAUUAGGUGCGAUGCUUAUGGUAAUAUUCAGAGUUAUAAGUCCGGACGAAGCUUACGCCGCAAUCGAUCUUCCGAUUCUUGGUCUUCUAUUCGGCACAAUGGUUGUUAGUGUAUAUCUUGAAAGAGCAGACAUGUUUAAAUACAUAGGAAAGUUACUUUCUUGGAAAAGUAAAGGGCCAAAGGAUUUACUUUGUAGAAUUUGUUUGAUUUCAGCUUUAUCAAGUGCAUUUUUCACAAAUGACACUUCUUGUGUUGUUUUGACCGAAUUCGUAUUGAAAAUUGCAAAACAGCAUAAUUUACCACCUCAACCUUUUUUGCUUGCACUUGCUUCAAGUGCUAACAUUGGUUCCUCAGCUACACCAAUUGGUAACCCUCAAAAUCUUGUUAUAGCUGUUCAAAGCAAAAUUUCAUUUGGAGAGUUUUUGCUUGGUAUUGUUCCAGCUAUGCUUAUAGGAGUUGUAGUUAAUGCUUUGAUUCUUAUAGCUAUGUAUUGGAAAUUGUUAUCUGUUCAUAAAGAUAUUGAGGACCCGACUGCUGAAGUUGCAGCUGAAGAAGAGGUUAAUUCUCAUAAAUUUUCACCAGCUACAAUGUCUCAUUAUUCAUCGGCACUUAAUUCUCAAGAGUUGAAUGGAUACCUAGUAGAACCUUGUAGUAUUCAAAACUCUCCUCAAGUUCAUAAUCCACGUAACCGAUUAAUUUCGAGUGAUGGUGAAAUUGAUAGGUUUCAUGUUGGUAGCACAACUGAUUCUGCUAGAAAUUCAACUGCUUCAAAGGAAGGGACUAAUAAUGACUUGGCUUCUCAAACAAAGGAGGAAACUAGUCCGACAAAAACCGUUGUCGAAGUAGAUAGAACAACAGAAGGACAUGAUUUGAUCUCUUCGGAAGGAAAGGAGUAUUUAAGCGCUGAGUGGAAGCGUAGAUUGUGGAAAUCUUGUGUUUAUAUGAUCACAUUAGGAAUGUUGAUUGCAAUGCUUCUUGGUUUAAAUUUGUCGUGGACUGCAAUUUCGGCCGCUUUAGCUUUGAUUGUUCUUGAUUUCAAAGAUGCUGGGCCUCCUUUAGAGAAGGUUUCAUAUUCACUUUUGAUAUUCUUUUGUGGAAUGUUUAUCACAGUAAAUGGAUUCAACAAAACUGGAAUUCCAAGUGCUUUAUGGGAGAUGAUGGAGCCUUAUUCACGAGUUGAUCGUUCUAGUGGAAUAGCGAUACUUUCUCUCGUUAUACUUGUCCUAUCAAAUUUGGCUUCAAAUGUACCAACUGUACUAUUGCUUGGAGCAAGAGUUGCAGCCUCGGCUGCUGCAAUUUCUCAAGAAGAUCAGAAAAGGGCAUGGCUCAUAUUGGCUUGGGUCAGCACUACAGCAGGGAACCUGUCACUAUUGGGGUCAGCUGCAAACUUGAUUGUUUGUGAACAAGCUCGCCGAGCUCCAAACCUAUCAUACACAUUAACCUUCUGGAGUCAUUUGAAAUUUGGCCUCCCUUCAACUAUUAUAGUUACUGCUAUUGGUUUGACACUCAUAAGAUGA